AUGCUCAUGUCUCGCCACAACCAUCGUGCUUGCCGCCAUGGCCACAUGUGCCGCAGCAUCCCCUUCGAUCCCGCGCGCCACACCCCAGCCCCAGCCCCAGCCCACCCCGCCACAGAAUGGAACUACACCCCCCAAGACUCCGAAGAACUAUUCAUAAAAUGGGGACCCUACACCAUCCCCCACCUCAUCAAAGCCUCUCCCCACUAUACCAAAACCACCGUCGACGUCGAUCCCUACGCCAAACUACAGUUUCCCGAGAAGUCGGAGAGUACGGAGCGCGUUAUCCAUGCUGUGCAUCCGAUUCCGAGGGCGGAACUUGAGGAUCUAGGUCCGAAUUGCGUGAGGCAGCUUGGGGAGAGGUUAAGGGGGGAGGUGGAGGAAGAGAUGCAGAGUUCGAGGCUGCGGUGCAGAGGACGUUGA